AUCGCACUUGCUGGACUUGAUGCAUCUUGUUCAACGGCUAAAAUACGCGCAAACUUGGGACUGCAUUCACGAAUUACUAUGCGACAUGGCGAUGGACCCGCGGUUUUAUCGUGGUCUGUCUUGUGAGCCACGACUUUACGAAUCCACUGCUUCGACCCCCUCGCUCAGGGCUACGGAGCCAGUCCCGGUCGCAAUGUCGCCACGACUCGCGAUGCACGAUCAAGACAGCGCGAAUGUGAAGGUGGUGGUAAGGGUGAGAGGUUAUGUGAAAAGAGAGAUCGAACGAGGGGCACAAUGUCUGAUCAAGAUGAACCCCCGCACGCAGACAACGACCCUGCUUGCUCCAAACUCCUUGGACCCAGCAAAUGCAAAAACCAACUCCCGGAAGGUCUUCGAAGAAAAGGCAUUCACAUUCGACAAGUCAUUCUGGUCCCAUAGGCUGGAGGAUGACCACUAUGCGCAUCAGGAAGAUGUAUACAAAUCGUUCGGCGAAGAGUUCCUCGACCACAACUUUGAUGGAUACCAUACCUGCAUUUUCGCAUACGGCCAGACUGGCUCGGGGAAAAGCUACACAAUGAUGGGCACUCCAGAGCAACCUGGACUUAUCCCUCGAACAUGUCGCGAGCUGUUCGGUCGAAUAGAGCGAGAUCCUUCGCCCAACACCACCUACAAUGUCCACGUCUCUUACUUUGAAGUGUAUAACGAACAUGUACGGGACCUACUUGUGCCACGAACGAAUCCACCUCAUUACCUAAAAAUCCGCGAGUCGCAGACGGACGGUGUGUAUGUCCAAGGAUUGACCGAUGCACCGGCGAAGAACUACGAGGAUGUUGAACGUCUUAUGAAAAUGGGCGAUAGUACCCGAACAACCGCGUCCACGAAAAUGAACGACACGUCUUCGCGAUCCCACGCCGUCUUCACCAUCCAGCUGAAGCAGAUCCAACACUCCCUUACCACAGAUGAGACGAUCGAGAGCUCCGCACGUAUGCGACUCGUCGACCUCGCUGGUUCCGAGCGAGCAAAAGCGACCGAAGCGACCGGACAACGGCUCCUCGAAGGAGGAAAAAUCAACAAGUCCCUCACCACACUCGGUCGCGUCAUCGCUGCCUUAGCCGAUCCACGACGGCAAGGAGGACCGAACGGAACACCGAGGAAAGCCGCACCGAGAGAUAUCGUCCCGUACAGAGACAGUGUCCUGACGUGGUUGCUAAAGGACAGCUUAGGUGGCAACAGCAAAACCGCGAUGGUCGCAUGCAUUUCACCGUGCGACUAUGACGAGACAUUAUCCACCCUGCGCUACGCCGACCAAGCCAAGCGAAUCCGCACCCGUGCAACCGCCAACGUCGACGCCAUCUCCGCCGCCGAACGCGACGCCCAGAUCGAAAUGAUGGCCGAGACGAUCCGAAGCCUGCAAACAACCAUCAACGUGACGCGUGUGCGGCGCGAGAAAGAAGAAGAAGGCCUGGAAGACUACCAGAAACAGGUCAACAAAAUGCAGCGACUGAUGGAAGAGACCCGCGCAGUCAGCGAUGCGAAGGUUAAAGCGCUGGCGGCCGAGGCGGAGGAGUUGCGGGUCGCGAAUGAGAAAUUGGUGGACGAGACGGCGGCGUUGCGGAGGCAUUUGGGGCUGGUGUUGGGCGAGCUGAAGAAUCCGAUCGUCAUUCCGAGCGCGCAGCCCGUGGCGUCGGUCGUGCCGGUUCCAGCGAUGACGACGAUCGAUUUCGAAUAUACAGCGGAGGACAAGGAAAAUGGGCAGGCGAAGGAGACUGAUGGAGAGGGAUACAUUGAACCGGAGGCGACGCACGGUGAUUGGGCUGCCGAAGUAUCAGAGGAGGCAAACGAGUUUUUGAAAGAGUUGGGUCUCUUCCGGCGGAAGAUUGGCGAUGAUACCCAGCGUUUCGGCAGUCGAGGCCCGCUCGUGGAAGUGCGCGUCAAUUGAGGUUUGGUGGGCACAUCUGCAAAGGGCGCAAGGAGUUAUUCUGUUCAUUGUAUAGCAGACUGGCUUGCCAAGAGGGCAGCAUUAUGAGACUACGCAGCAAAAUUUGGAAAUACUCAAUAGGAGAGCUCAUCGUUUCGUCGGGGCAAGUUGUGCGAUCAUGCGAUCGAGUUCGCCGACUGUGUUGCCCGCCGCCUUGCUCUUCAGAUCAUGGAGCGCGCCCAGGUCCUUCGCUUUGAGCGCCUCUUCCCCCGCCCGAACUAUGAGACCGCAUUUCAACCACAUUUCGAUCCGGUCGGAUACC